CGGAAGUGGGCGAGGGGACCUGUCAGCUCCCACCCGGCUGUGUGCUCUUGAGGCGCCGUGGGGAGUCGAGGGUCUCCCCGGGGACCGGCGCGAGGUGGAGUCACGGAGAAGCUCUCUGCCACUCACACGGCGGCGUCGGCCCUGCCCCGGCUGCCGCCGCCCCUCCCUUUGCCCUUCACGGCGCCCGGCCCUCCUUGUCAGCAGCUUCCUUCUGCGCCUGGGCAGCCUGCCUUUCCCCUCUAGCUUUCCUUCCAGUCUCCUCCCCCGACUCUUAACAGCGGAGUCGCGGGUCCUGCAGUGUCCCAGAAGCCGCACGUAUAACUUGCUCGGGGCAACUCAUUCGAUUUCGGAGUUCUGUUAAUUCUUCUGAGAGAUUUCAAAUCCUCUAGAAGCCAAAAUGGGACACAGUAAACAGAUUAGGAUUUUACUACUGAACGAAAUGGAAAAGCUGGAAAGGACCCUCUUCAGACUUGAACAAGGGUUUGAACUGCAGUUCCGAUUGGGCCCAACUUUACAGGGAAAGGCAGUUACUGUGUAUACAAAUUACCCACUUCCUGGAGAAGCAUUUAAUCGAGAAAAAUUCCAUUCCCUGGAAUGGGAAAAUCCAACAGAAAGAGAAGAUGAUUCUGAUAAAUACUGUAAACUUAAUCUUCAACAAGCUGGAUCAUUUCAGUAUUACUUCCUUCAAGGAAAUGAGAAAAGUGGUGGAGGUUACAUAGUCGUGGACCCUAUUUUACGUGUUGGUGCUGAUAAUCAUGUGUUACCCUUGGACUGUGUUACUCUUCAGACAUUUUUAGCCAAGUGUAUGGGACCUUUUGAUGAAUGGGAAAGCAGACUUAUGGUUGCAAAAGAAUCAGGCUACAACAUGAUUCAUUUUACCCCACUGCAGACUCUUGGACUAUCCAGGUCAUGCUAUUCCCUUGCUGAUCAGUUAGAAUUAAAUCCUGACUUUUCAAGACCUAAUAAAAAGUACACCUGGACUGAUGUUGGACAGCUGGUACAAAAAUUGAAAAAGGAAUGGAAUAUUCUUUGUAUAACUGAUGUUGUCUACAAUCAUACUGCUGCUAAUAGUAGAUGGCUCCAGGAACAUCCAGAAAGUGCAUAUAACCUUGUGAAUUCCCCACACUUAAAACCUGCCUGGGUCUUAGACAGAGCACUUUGGCACUUAUCCUGUGACGUUGCAGAAGGGAAAUACAAAGACAGAGGAGUACCUGCUUUGAUCGAAAAUGAUCAUCAAAUGAAUUGCAUUCGAAAAGUAAUUUGGGAGGAUAUUUUUCCAAAGACUCAACUCUGGGAAUUUUUCCAAGUAGACGUUCACAAAGCAGUCGAGCAAUUUAGAGAACUUCUUACACAAGAAAAUAGGAAAACAACAAGGCCUGAUCCAAAUCACCACCUUAAGAUAAUUCAGGAUCCUGAAUACAGACGGCUUGGCUGUACUGUAGAUAUGAAUGUUGCUCUAGCAACUUUCAUACCACAUGACAAUGGGCCAGCCGCAAUUAAUGAAUGCUGCAAUUGGUUCAGGAAGAGAAUUGAGGAAUUAAAUUCAGAGAAGCAUCAACUCGUGAACUAUCAUCAGGAACAGGCAGUCAAUUGCCUUUUGGGAAAUGUGUUUUAUGAACGACUGGCUGGCCAUGGUCCUAAACUAGGACCUGUUACUAGAAAACAUCCCUUGGUUACCAGAUAUUUUACUUUCCCUUUUGAAGACAUAUCCCUCUCUGUAGAAGAAUCAAUGAUUCAUGUCCCAAAUAAAGCUUGUUUUCUGAUGGCACAUAACGGGUGGGUAAUGGGAGAUGAUCCCCUUCGAAAUUUUGCUGAACCAGGUUCAGAUGUUUAUCUAAGGAGAGAACUUAUUUGCUGGGGAGACAGUGUUAAAUUACGCUAUGGGAAAAAACCAGAGGACUGUCCUUAUCUCUGGGCACACAUGAAAAAAUACACAGAAAUCACCGCAACUUAUUUCCAGGGAGUCCGCCUUGAUAAUUGUCACUCAACACCUCUUCAUGUAGCAGAGUACAUGUUGGAUGCUGCUAGGAAAUUGCAACCCAAUUUAUAUGUAGUAGCUGAACUGUUCACAGGAAGCGAAGACCUGGACAAUGUCUUUGUUACUAGACUGGGCAUUAGUUCCUUAAUAAGAGAGGCAAUGAGUGCAUACGAUAGCCACGAAGAGGGCAGAUUAGUUUACCGAUACGGAGGAGAACCUGUUGGAUCCUUCGUUCAGCCCUGUUUGAGGCCUUUAAUGCCAGCUAUUGCGCAUGCCCUGUUUAUGGAUAUCACCCAUGAUAACGAGUGUCCUAUUGUGCAUAGGUCAGCAUAUGAUGCUCUCCCGAGUACCACAAUCGUUUCCAUGGCGUGUUGUGCUAGUGGUAGUACUAAAGGCUAUGACGAAUUAGUGCCUCACCAGAUUUCAGUAGUUUCUGAAGAGCGGUUUUACACUAAAUGGAAUCCUGCAGCAUCACCAUCCAACGCUGGUGAAGUUAACUCCCAAAGUGGCAUUAUUGCGGCCAGGUGUGCUAUCAAUAAACUUCACCAAGAGCUUGGAGCCAAGGGUUUUAUUCAGGUGUAUGUGGAUCAAGUUGAUGCAGACAUAGUGGCUGUAACAAGACAUUCGCCCAGUAUCCACCAAUCAGUCGUAUCUGUUUCUAGAACUGCUUUCAGGAAUCCCAAGACUUCAUUUUACAGCAAGGAAGUGCCUCAAAUGUGCAUCCCUGGCAAAAUUGAAGAAGUAGUUCUUGAAGCUAGAACUGUUGAGAGAAAUACAGCACCUUAUAGGAAGGAUCCUAAUUCAAUCAAUGGAAUACCAAACAUCACAGUAGAAAUUAGAGAACAUAUUCAGCUCAAUGAAAGUAAAAUUGUUAAACAAGCUGGAGUUACUACAAAAGGACCCAAUGAAUAUAUUCAAGAAAUAGAAUUUGAAAAUUUGUCUCCAGGAAGUGUUAUUAUAUUCAGAGUUAGUCUUGACCCACAUGCGCAAGUUGCUGUUGGAAUUCUUCGAAAUCAUCUGACACAGUUCAGUCCUCACUUUAAAUCGGGGAGUCUUGCUGUUGACAACGCAGACCCUAUAUUAAAAAUUCCUUUUGCUUCUAUUGCCUCUAGAUUAACUUUGGCUGAGCUAAAUCAGGUACUUUACCGAUGUGAAUCAGAAGAACACGAAGAUGGUGGAGGAUGUUAUAACAUACCAAACUGGUUACCUCUUAAAUAUGCAGGUCUUCAAGGAUUAAUGUCCGUAUUGGCAGAAAUAAGACCAAAGAAUGACUUGGGGCAUCCCUUCUGUGAUAAUUUGAGAUCUGGAGACUGGAUGAUUGACUAUGUCAGUAACCGACUUAUUUCACGGUCAGGAACUAUUGCUGAAGUUGGUAAAUGGUUGCAGGCUAUGUUCUUCUACCUGAAGCAGAUCCCACGUUACCUUAUCCCGUGUUACUUUGAUGCUAUAUUAAUCGGUGCAUACACCACUCUUCUGGAUGUAGCAUGGAAGCAAAUGUCAAGCUUUGUUCAGAAUGGUUCUACCUUUGUGAAACACCUUUCCUUGGGUUCCGUCCAAAUGUGUGGAGUAGGAAGAUUCUCUUCUCUGCCGCUUCUUUCACCUUCCCUUACGGAUGUACCAUGCAGGCUGAAUGAGAUCACAAGAGAGAAGGAGCAGUGUUGUGUGUCGCUAGCUGCAGGCUUACCUCACUUCUCUGCUGGUAUUUUCCGCUGCUGGGGAAGGGAUACUUUUAUUGCCCUUAGAGGUCUACUGCUGAUUACUGGACGCUAUUUGGAGGCCAGGAAUAUCAUUUUAGCAUUUGCCAGUACCCUGAGACAUGGCCUCAUUCCUAAUCUCCUGGGUGAAGGAACUCACGCCAGAUACAACUGCAGGGAUGCCGUGUGGUGGUGGCUGCAGUGUAUCCAGGACUAUUGUAAAAUGGUUCCAAACGGUCUGGACAUUCUCAACUGCCCGGUUUCCAGAAUGUAUCCUACAGAUGACUCUGUUCCUUUGUCUGCCGGCACAGUGGAUCAACCAUUGUUUGAAGUAAUACAGGAAGCUAUGCAGAGACACAUGCAGGGCAUACAGUUCCGUGAGAGGAAUGCUGGUCCACAGAUAGAUCGGAACAUGAAGGAUGAAGGUUUUAAUAUUACUGCAGGGGUUGAUGAAGAAACUGGAUUUGUUUAUGGAGGAAAUCGCUUCAAUUGUGGUACGUGGAUGGAUAAAAUGGGAGAAAGUGACAGAGCUAGAAACAAAGGAAUCCCAGCCACGCCAAGAGAUGGAUCUGCUGUGGAAAUUGUGGGCCUGAGUAAAUCUGCUGUUCGUUGGUUGCUGGAAUUAUCCCAAAAAAAUAUUUUUCCUUAUCAUUAUGUUACAGUGAAAAGACAUGGAAAGUCUGUGAGAGUCUCAUAUGAUGAAUGGAACAGAAAAAUACAAGAGAACUUUGAAAAGUUAUUUUAUGUGUCAGAAGACCCUUCAGAUGUCAAUGAAAAGCAUCCUAAUCUGGUGCACAAGCGGGGCAUAUACAAAGAUAGCUAUGGAGCAUCAAGCCCUUGGUGUGACUACCAGCUCAGGCCAAAUUUUACCAUAGCAAUGGUUGUGGCCCCUGAGCUCUUUACUACCCAAAAAGCAUGGAAGGCCUUGGAGAUUGCAGAAAAAAAAUUGCUUGGUCCUCUUGGCAUGAAAACUUUGGAUCCAGAUGAUAUGGUUUACUGUGGAACUUAUGACAAUGCCUUAGACAAUGACAACUAUAAUCUUGCUAAAGGUUUCAAUUAUCACCAAGGACCUGAGUGGCUGUGGCCUGUUGGGUAUUUUCUUCGUGCAAAAUUGUACUUUUCCAGAUUGAUGGGUCCAGAGACUACUGCAAAAACUAUAUUCUUGGUUAAAAAUGUUCUUUCUCGACAUUAUGUUCAUCUUGAGAGAUCCCCUUGGAAAGGACUUCCAGAGCUGACCAACGAGAAUGGCCAAUACUGUCCUUUCAGCUGUGAAACACAAGCCUGGUCAAUUGCUGCUGUUCUUGAAACACUCUAUGACUUGUAGUUGACUCAUGCAUAUUUCUUAAGUAUGCAAUCAGUUGUAUUGUUGAAUGCAGUUAUAAUGUAAUGUAAAUGUUUUAUAUGCACAUGCUAGAGUCACUUUUUAAAUCUCAUUCAUAUAAUAUUGAUGCCCUAAUAGGUAAGACUAUGAAGUAUUGGUUUUGCUAAUGUAGUUUUUGAUUUGAGUAAGAAAAAAAAUUAUCACUACCAAUGGAAUGUUUGUCUUUUGAAUUCAAGAAGUAUUCCUCAGAUGUCUAGAAUAAAUAAAUUUGAAAGCUAGAGCUUGAAAAAGAAAAAUCAUGUAAUAUUCUUUUUGUACAUAAGUGAAAUGAAAUAUGAGAAUGUAAUAAUGAAAGAAAUGGAAAAGUAUCUUUAAAUGGUGGUAUAUAUUUUCUUCAGUAACAAUAUAUACUAAAUAAGCUGUGGUUAAUUAAUCUUCUCAAUCUUUUACUAAUAGUAUAUUUGCUGCUGCUAAGUCACUUCAGUCGUGUCCGACUCUGUACGACCCCAUAGACGGCAGCCCACCAGGCUCCCCCGUCCCCGGGAUUCUCCAGUUAAGAACACUGGAGCGGGUUGCCAGUUCCUUCUCCAAUGCAUGAAAGUUAAAAGUGAAAAUGAAGUCGCUCAGUCGUGUCUGACUCUUCGCAACCCCAUGGACCUCAGCCUACCAGGCUCCUCUGUCCAUGGGAUUUUCCAGGCAAGAGUACUGGAGUAGGUUGCCAUUGCCUUCUCCAAUAGUAUAUCUAGCACCUUCCAGAUUGCAUUCAGAAGAUACUGAAUGAAUAUGGAAUCAUGGAAAUGUCCACCUACAAUAUAUGUUUGUAAGUGAAGCACAGAUGUUUAUAAUGUGCUUUUAUUUUUUUCACUGAUAGUGUAAUAUGUUUUUAAUACAAUGAAUUUCAACAGUAUAUUUAACAUAUAUUUAAUUGUGCUAAUGAUGCAUAGGUUAUAUGAAAAAAUCACAAAGUAUUAGAAAUUUAUUUUCUAAGAAAAAUUUUAUAAAAUUAGCCUUGAGUUCCACUUUCCUACUUUGAGAUGGUUUACAUUUUCAUAAUGCAAACCUUCAGACAUAUUUAUGAGAAUUUUAAAGAGAAAGGUACUAUAUUAAUUUUCUAAAAAUAACUAUUUUUAGUUUGUAUAUAAAAGUGUAUUAUAUUGGUUUCCUGUUAACUGAAAACUGUUGACAAGUUUAGCAUGGAGAACAAGCUUAAAAGAGAGAUAUGAAUUCAGCAGUUAUCUUGAAUCCAAUAAAGUCACUUGAAUAGUUUUCCAUGUGAUUUUAAGAUAGCUUAAAUCUGGAGAAGUUGUAAAAGGAAAAAGACUUUUAACAUUUGUAUGAUUUGACAUUUUUAAUAAUACUUAUUUUCUAGAUGUUUUUUUUAAUUAUCUCUUUUUGUCUCAAGAAGGCACAAUUAGAUCAUUAUACUUUCAGCUGAAAGAAAAUAGUUGCAAAAAUCCAUUUCAUUAUUCAGUUGUAACAUUUAUAGUUAAAAUAGUAGUACAAUAACACUUUUCUCAACUAGAAGUCAUAUGCCCAACUCCCUUAACUAUGAAGAAGGAGUGAAAAUAUUGAAAAACAAGUAAGCUAAAACUUCUGGGUAGUAAAAAUAUAAAAAUGUUUCAGAUCCCGAAUACCCAUGCUCAACCCUACUUUAGUGUUAACUAGCUCGGUUUUCUGGUUUCCCAACCUAAAGCAGAUUGACUUCUACAUAACGAUGCAUUGAUUUCUAAGUUUUCCUUCCUUCUUCAUUGGUCAGUGUCUGACCUCUAACCUGUGCGGUUAGAAAAAUUACCUUCCUUGAGAGGGAGAACCAUUAGUUAUCAAAGAUUCACAUAGUUCUGUUGUAAUUAAACUUCUAUAUUAAAAGUGGUAAGAAAAGUAAAGACCAACAUUAAAUCUGUUUUAAAAAAAGGCAAGAAGCAAUGGCUGGCUGAUGGUUAAAUGUGAUAAAUAAAUAAGUAAAUGAGUAAAUUAAUCCUAAUAAAUAAAUAAUAACAAGCUGACAAUUUUAAAAACAUCGCCAUAUUGGGUUAUCUAUGGUAGGACAAAUAUCCACCUCACCAGUACAUUUUUAGGAUAUCAUAUUACACUAGAAAAUUAAGCAAUUCAUAUUUUUAUUAGGAAUAUUAAUGAAAGAACAUUAUUAUAAUCUGCAUGGCCUAUUUUAAAGCUUAAGAAGCAUGUUACACAUUAUUUUAUCAAAGAUUGUUAAAAUAAUAUUAAUAGCUUUAGACUUUAGAGGGAUAAAUGUUGUUUGACUAAAAAACAUUUAAAUAGAAUACUUCAUUCCCGUGUGAUGUUGAAUGAGGUACCAUUAUAUCACAUAUUGAGAAUGGUUCUGUGCCCUGAUUCUUAAUUAAUUCAGAUCAGUCUUACUCUUUUACCUGAGAAGUUUGUCAGUUUAACCAGUAUGCUGUGAUAAUUUAAUAUGUUUCACAGAUAACUGAGGAAACAUGACACUGUCAUCCUGUCUAUGAACGUUAUGUAAUGCAUUUCUGAUAAUGUCUUCACCUGCUCUGUCCAGUAGGCAAAUGUCAUUUUUAUGUCUGUGCCAAGAAAAUAAAAAUCUUUUCUAAAGGACUGUAUUUUGUAUUUAUUCCAUUAUUUAACAGUUAACUAAUUUGUUGGUGCUUACUACUACCAUUUAUUCAGGACUUGCUUAUUUUGGGUGCUUUAUCUUUUUGCAGUAUGUAUGGAAACAAAGACAGGAAGAGUUUUAGGCUAUUUGGUAAUUUAUUGAAUUAGCCAUGUUGAAAUUAGGAGCAAAGUUAACUCUUGAUGUAUAAAUUGACCUAUGUUGAGUAUGUUAGCAGCUAUACAUACUCCAGGUAUUUCCUGGAAUCUUUUGUGCUACUGUGAAUUUUUACCUUUCAUGACUAUGAGUGAAUUGGUCAAACUUGCCAAACUUAUUUAUAGAAAUAUUCAAUGCACCAAAAUAAUAAACUCAUGUUUAAGUUGCUCA